UUUUUUUGUCGGUAGAUGGCGCUGAUGAUUGACGCAAAAGUGGGAUCAAAGUUUAGGCUUACCACAAGACUGCACAGGGCUAUGUAUCCUGUCGACCUGCCAGCUGUGGACGACGCCGAGCUGACAUCCGCAUCUGAAAAUUACCUAGCUUCACUGAACGCAACACAUUCCUGCAAUGAGUUGUUUCGGUCAUUACUGACGUCAAAAGAGAUUGCUGUAACACCAGCCAACAUCAGACAGCUCCAGCUGUUUGAGGACGAACAUCCUGCCUGCACUGUGCUGGCGCUUCAUCCUCCGCAUGAUCAAACACAGGUCUUAGCUUUAUACUUGCACAAGAAGUGGUGGCCGUUGGACGACGUUCUGCAGACCUCCAGUGAGGCCAGAAGCGGCUUGCAGCCAGUGCAGUCCAUUAUGGAGAGGUUGAUCGUGUUCCUGCUCAGUCAGGUGGUGGAGAGGCCUCAGUUACAUGGAGAGGUGUCCUUCUCCCUGCAUCCACCCACAGAAACCUGCAAAGUGCUGUGGAAGGACGGACAGGCGGUCGGCUUCUACACCAUCAAACACAAAGGCAGACUCUGCGACAGCUGGAGCAGCCGCUGCUACCUGCUGCCUGUCCUGGACACUGUGCUGGUGAGGAGACGAUACAGGAGGAGAGGCUUCGGCCUUCAGAUCCUGCACGAUUUCUGCUCCUCCUUCUCCUCGGAGGAGUUCCUCGGAGUCAGCUCUCCCUUGUCGUCCGGCAUGGCGGCAGUGAUCAGGAAGUUCCUGCAGCAGCACGAGGAACACCGGGCGCGUCUGUAUGAGGUGGAGGCUCCAGGAGGGUGGAGUCAGAGAAGAAACAUCUGGCUCAACAUCCAACUUGGUCGCUACGCUUCCGAACAGACUGGUCCAGCUGUCCUGACCCCAGUCAGCCCCUGUAACUCGAACGCUCCCCCGAUAACGGCCUCUGCUCAGCUCUGUGAUGUGAACCAGGAAGAUAGCUCCCCGAGGGGCGAGCUCUCAGGGACAGGGUGUUGCUCUUCAGUACGCACUGAUAUUCUGGAUUUUAAAACUCCCUGCAGGCCCCAACGUUUAAAAGAAAGUUUGAAAUGGAAGGAAGCUUCAACAAGAAAGCCUAGCAUAGAAAGCUCAGAGGAGAUGCAAAACAGGUCCAAAAGAGCCAGUAGAACAUCCAUCAAUGAGUAAAACACAAACCUAGCUCAUUGCACAACAUUACGCUCUAGCGGGAGCUGUUCUUUUCCUUGUGUGCGAGGGGUGCAUGAAAGGGCUUUCAAAUAUCAAAAUGAGAAAAAGCUGCUCUGUGCAGAUUUUGUGUUUCAGAAUUUCUUUCUUACUCAAGACAGGUAAAACAUUUGAGUUUUUUUUAGUUCACCUGUUCCAUUUUUCUGGUCAUUCUGUAGUAAUUUUACCCCCUCGCUCUUACUAGAUUAUAUUAGAUUAGAUUAGAUUAGAUUAGAUUAGAUUAGAUAGAAC